AAAAGCGCUUGCUGCCAAUUGAAUUCAAUGUAGAAAACCAAGAUGAUUCAAAACCAAAGAAAACCUCAUCGGUCCAGUUUUUAUGAUCAUACAUACAUCAUAGUGAGUAGCAGUUUCGGAAAAAAUAGUAGUCUUGGUCCAGAUGUCUUGGGGAAAAAAUAAUUUAAAUGUGCAUAUUUUAUUACAUAAUACCUAUUUUGCUAUCUGCUCUUCAUAUGAAACCUAACGGUCGUUAAUCGGGUUUCAAAAUACCACCAGGGACGUUUUAUUUUGCCUUCAAAAUCUGAUAUUCCGUAUUCACUUUAAUAGGAGCACCAAUGCUGUGCCCUCAACAUGCGCAGUACAGACUUACUUCCGGGACUUCACAUGCUUAGGUUAGCUGAAGUCGUCCUUCCUGCCUAGAUAAAUGUGCAUGUCUAUGGAAUUUAAGUUAUUGUGUUCGCAAUUUCAGCUGGCCGUGUCAGCUAUCUAUGCGCGUUUCAUCACAUUCAGUAAGCCCCGUUUUCGAAUUUAGCUGAAACUAUUUAUUCAAAGCUUCGUUGCAAAAGAAGAUUUUUCACUUUGUUUGAAGUGCAAGAAAGCUUCUCGCAUUAAAGCAGCAAGCUAACCAUAGAGUGCAGAUUUAUAUGAGUAGGAAAAUCAUUGAGUUUGUCAUUGAGUUACAAGCGAAAAAGAUUUCUUUGCGAAGUAGGCUCUGAACAUUUCAUAAGAAUGACAGAGGUAUCAAAGGAAGAGUUUGGGGUGAUACCCGGGCAAGGAAGUGUGGAGAAAUGGAAGUUAAAAUCACAAAGUGUUACUAUAGAAAUUAUAUCACUUGGUUGCAUUAUAACAUCGUUGAAGACCCAAGACAAGAAUGGAGAAAUGGAUGACAUCGUCCUGGGAUUUGACAGCCUCGAAGGCUAUCUGACAAAUCCCCGAUACUUCGGAGCUGUCGUUGGACGGGUGGCCAAUAGGAUCGCCAAGGGGAAGUUCACGAUCGAUGGGAAGGAAUAUCAGUUGGCCAUCAAUAACGGGCCAAAUUCCCUCCACGGGGGGCUGAAAGGCUUUGACAAGGCCAUCUGGACGAGUGAAGCCACAGCCGACGGUGUGAGGCUGUCGCUGACCAGCCGGGACGGGGAGGAGGGCUACCCUGGGGAGCUGAGUGCCACCGUCACCUACAGCCUGCAGGGAGACACCCUCACCGUCCAAUACCACGCCUCCUCCAGCCAGGCCACGCCCAUUAACCUCACCAACCACUCCUACUUCAACUUGGCUGGACAUGGGACCCCAGACAUAUACGACCAUCUGGUGUCAAUCACAGCUGAUGCCUACCUGCCUGUGGACGACACUAUGAUUCCCACAGGGGAAAUCAGGGCUGUAGAUGGCUCACCCUUUGACCUCCGAAAGCCUGUGCUGAUUGGUCCACGUUUAAAGGAAGUCCCAGGACCAGGUUUUGACCAUAACUUCUGCCUGUCAUCUCCUGGGGAGCCCCCGGAGGAGCGACCAUGUGCCAGGGUGCACCACCCAAAGAGUGGGCGGGUUUUGGAAGUGAGCACAACCCAGCCGGGCGUGCAGUUCUACACCGCAAACUUCCUCGAUGGCAGCCUGCGGGGCAAGGGCGGGGCCACCUACCCCAAACACAGCGCCUUUUGCCUGGAGACCCAGAACUGGCCCAACGCCGUCAACCAGCCCGAGUUCCCCAACACCCUGCUGAGGCCAGGAGAGACCUACAGCCACACCACACGCUUCAGCUUCACCACUGCCUGAAACCAGCAGAGGCCCACAGCCACACUGCACACUUCAGCUUCAGCUUCUCUACCGCCUGAGGCCAGCAGAAACCUGCAGCCACACCACACGCUGCAGCUUCACCACUGCCUGAAACCACCAGAGGCCUACAGCCACACCACACAGCUUCAGCUGCUCCACUGCCUGAGACCAGCAGAGACCUACAGCCACACUACAGCUUCAGCUUCACCACAGCCUGAGACCAGCAGAGACCUACAGCUUCACCUUCUUCACUGUCUGAAACCACUAGAGACCUACAGCCAUAUCACACAGCUUUAGCUUCUCCACUGCCUGAGCCCAGCAGAGACCUACAGCCACACCACAACUUCACCUUCUUCACUGUCUGAAACCACUAGAGACCUACAGCCAUAUCACACAACUUUAGCUUCUCCACUGCCUGAGCCCAGCAGAGACCUAUAGCCACACCAGCUACUUCAGCUUCUCCGCCACCUGAGACCAGCAAAGGAGUCCAGUGAAGCACCACAACUCAUCUCACUUGCAUUGUGGAACACGUCACUCCUCAUGUUAAUUCACACGCUUACGCCAGCCAUGUUACAGUAAAAUACACGCUUACUCCAGCCAUGUUACAGUAAGCCACACGCUUACGCCAGCCAUGCUGAACCACACGCUUACGUUGGCCAUGCUACUCCAUGCGCUUACAUUAGCCAUGCUGAACCACACGCUUACGUUGGCCAUGCUACACCAUGCGCUUACAUUAGCCAUGCUGAACCACAUUCUUACGUUGGCCAUGCUACACCAUGCGCUUACAUUAGCCAUGCUGAACCACAUGCUUACGUUGGCCAUGCUACACCAUGCGCUUACAUUAGCCAUGCUGAACCACAUGCUUACGUUGGCCAUGCUACACCAUGCGCUUACAUUAGCCAUGCUGAACCACAUGCUUACGUUGGCCAUGCUACACCAUGCGCUUACAUUAGCCAUGCUGAACCACACGCUUAUGCCAGCCAUGCUGAACCACACGCUUACGUUGGCCAUGCUACACCAUGCGCUUACAUUAGCCAUGCUGAACCACACACUUACGCUAGCCAUGCUAAACCACACACUUACGCUAGCCAUGCUAAACCACACACUUAUGCUAGCCAUGCUAAAUCACAUGCUUACUCCAGCCAUGCUAAACCACAGACUUACUCCAGCCAUGCUAAACCACAGACUUACUCUAGCCAUGCUAAAUCACAUGCUUACGCUAGCCGUACUCGGCCUGUAGAUAAUUAGGGACAAACAUGUUACAACGACCAGCUCAAAAUUCCAUGUAAACAUUUUUGUUUAUCCCACUCUCCAACUCCGGCAAGUACGUCUCCUCAAUCACCACUAACACCCGGGAUGUCUGCGCUAAUUUUCUUUCACAGCUGACUGAGCCAGAGAGGAGGUUGCGUGCAUUAGGCGGCUGACAUUGUGCUCUGGGGCUAAUGAGGCUAUUUAAAGACGUGGGUAACUGCAGGGAUCCUCUGCCAGUCCUGUGUGAUCAGAUGGAGAUGUGACUGAAAGCCAAGUGAAUGACUUCACUUAUGCUCUAACAAACACACUGCUCUGCCUUGUGACUUUUCCACCAUGUCUAGCGUGUACUGCAGUCAUAUCAAAAGGUGGUAGGUUCAUCUGUGUAUACUCAACUUGCCAAAUUUCAACAGAUUUCUCUCAAAGCAAACCAUCAGAGGGGGAGGGGGAGGGGGAGAGAGAGAGAGAGAUGUACAUGUGUAUAAGGCUAAUCCCUUACCUCCUCACAGGGGACCAAAACUGACCAGCUCUGGAUCCUGGCAGAUGUGGUUUAUCUGAGAUGGGCAUCAUAGACCAGCUCUGUACUUUUCAUUCCAAGCAGGUUCUCCUGUGGGAGCGUCUUUUUCUGGUUCCUCGGCCUGUGUCUGCUGCACUUUCUGGUUUUGGAGAAAAAAUAAACAAAUCACCAGAAGUUUUCUC